UACCAGUACAGAGUCUGCAAACCACAAACAUAUCAUUUGCUCGUCUCUCUGUCUCUCUCAUGGCCACUGCUGCUGCAGCUGGUCGCUGUCUUUCGCAUUUCAUGGAUUUAGAGUCGGUGAAAAGCAGCAGUACUGCUAUUUCGUGCAAUUCAAGCUGCAGGCUUUCUCACCAUAGAAAAUAUCAGGUUUGCAGACUAUCCAUGAAUGGUUGCCAGGGAGACCCAACAGUCCCAGUGUCUACAACCGAAACCCUCACAUUUCCAAUGGUUCCGUCUCCUUCAUCGGCCGUGGACACACUCAAUGUAGCCAUUUCAGCUUUGAAAUCCAACCCACCUGUUCAUUCUUCUGGGAUUAUUCGUCUCCAGGUACCAAUCCAAGAACAAAUAGAGGCGCUUGAUUGGCUCCAUGCGCAGCGCAACCUUCUCCCCCGCUGUUUCUUCUCCGGCCGAAGCCUCACCGACGGUUCUGAUCUUCUCCUCACAAACGGAAAUGCCCGCACCGCAACUGUACACACUUUACUCAGUGUUGCCGGCGUCGGUUCCGCAGUGUUCUUCCGCUGUCUCCAUCAAUUUUCCUACAGUGAUUGGAAAUCCAUCAAGAGGUUCCUUUCUACUGAAUGUCCAUUGAUUCGUGCCUAUGGGGCGAUUCGUUUUGAUGCAAGUGCUAACAUAUCAUCUGAAUGGGAGAAUUUUGGUGCAUUUUACUUUAUUAUUCCUCAGGUUGAGUUUGAUGAGCUAAAAGGAAGUUCAAUGCUUGCUGCAACAAUUGCAUGGGAUGAUGACCUCGCAUGGUCAUGGGGAAAGGCCAUUGAUGCACUUCAAGCUACAAUGAGUCAGGUUUCUUCAUUUGUUGUAAAGCUACGGAAAGAAGUUACUAGAACAGUAAUUCUUAGCAAUGAUCACAUUCCCAGUAAGAUGUAUUGGAAUCUUGCUGUUAAGAGGGCUUUAGAGAUAAUCAACAGCAGCAGCUCUCCUCUAAUUAAGGUCGUGCUUGCACGUAGUAGCCGAGUUGUGACUGCUAGUGAUAUUGAUCCAAUAACGUGGUUAGCUUGUCUGCAGGUUGAAGGGAAAAAUGCUUAUCAAUUUUUUCUGCAACCUCCUGAUGCACCAGCAUUUAUUGGGAACACGCCAGAGCAACUAUUUCACAGAAAAUGUCGAAUGAUUAGUAGUGAGGCAUUAGCUGGAACCCGUGCUAGAGGUGGAUCAAUGGCUCUAGAUCUACAAAUAGAACAUGAUUUACUUUCCAGUCCCAAAGAUCACCUGGAGUUUACCAUAGUGAGAGAAAGCAUAAGGAAAAAAUUAGAGGCUGUAUGUAAUAGGGUGGUGAUUCAACCAAAGAAAGCUAUAAGGAAACUUCAAAGAGUUCAACAUUUAUAUGCCCAAUUGGCAGGAAAAUUACUAUCUGAGGAUGAUGAGUUUCACAUCUUGUCUUCUCUCCAUCCAACUCCAGCAGUUUGUGGAUUUCCGACGGAGGAGGCACGUGUGUUAAUUGGAGAAACUGAAGUAUUUGACAGAGGGAUGUAUGCUGGGCCCAUUGGUUGGUUUGGAGGGGGAGAGAGUGAAUUUGCUGUUGGCAUCAGGUCAGCACUAGUAAAAAAGGGUCUUGGUGCAUUGAUCUAUGCUGGAACAGGAAUAGUUGAAGGUAGCAACCCAUCUCUAGAGUGGGAUGAACUCGAACUCAAAAUAUCUCAGUUUGCAAAGUUUCUUGAACUUGAGGAGCCUUUGAGACCUAAAGUUGAAAAUUUUGGAACAGUCAACUGAAAAGCUUACAUUGAGAAGAAUGGUUUGAAUGCUACAUUCUGGAAGUGUUUCCAUUUUUCCAGAAAGCCCUGAGCUGAAUUGGCUAUGGUCUCUCUUAGAAGUCCAAAUACAUUUGUUGAUUGUCCUGUUGUGCUGCACACUAGCUGUAGCUUGGUAUGGAUUUUCCACUGAGAUCAAUGUGUAGUUGCUGGGCAAGCAGUAACAGCUGUGGGCAUACUCUAGCUGUAGCUAAAUCUGAUAUGCAUUCUUUGAUUCUAUGUAUAUUAGAAACGGGGUCUGCUAAUUUCCAAUUUCUUCAUUGUACACUUAUUGAAGAAACCUCAGCCUCAUGCAAUGUAUAGGCACCAGUCUAGAAAGUUAUCCUGUUGAGUUAAUGAAAUAAUUUAAAUUUUCCUCGUUACAUUAGUGCUUCCUCGACUUACUGCAUCUGCACAUGUAUCUUAGUUAUGUUUCUAUAUCUUCAUCUCUUGCUACUUCAAGAUUGGAAAAUAUUUUCCCACGAAUUGGUAAAUAUACUCUAGUGAUUUUAGCAAUAGAGUGAGUACAUAAGCAUGAGACCGAUGGCUUGAGGAGAAGGCUUCGUCAUUGGUAUUGAAGAUUACAGCUAUCGCAUCUUGGAUUGAAUUGGAGCUCAUAUUCGAUAGUGGUAGUUGACUACUAAUGUUAAGGUCUUAUGCCGUACAUGUCACCAUUUGUUUCCUUUCAUAAGCUGCUUUAGGAUGUCUUUGGCUAAUAGAGAACAUAUAUAUAUAUAUAUAUAGCUUUUUAGAUGGCCACUAGUAGUAUUUGGUUUGAACAAUUACAAGCUAGAUAUAUGCAUCUCUGUAACCCAGGGAUAGAAACUGUACAAUUCUGAAAAUGACAGGUAGCGGGGUGUAGAUUUUACAACCGUUAAGAGACAAACAGAGAGAUCUGUAGAGAUAUUUUGAUUUGCUGGGCUUGCUUUAUUUGAUUUUGAAGAUGGGCUUUAGUUGUAAGAUUUUGGGCCUGUUGUGGAUUUAGGCCUUUGAUACAUGACAUGCUCUUUAUAUAGAACUUAUAGCAGUGCAAACACUUUGCAAUUUUGAAUGGGAAACGGUUCCCUGGCUAAGAAUGGUGGGGUUUCUUGCUGCC